AUGAAGGACCCGGUCUUCAAGAAAGGGAUGAUAUUUGGCAGCGCUGCGAUUUUGAGAGAGGCUAUAAGGGAGAGGGCUAUUAGAGAUGGUUGGGAGGUAUAUUUUAUAAAAAAUGACCGGAAAAGGGUGAGGACUAUAUGCAAGUCCCAAGACUGUCCAUUUGAGCUCUAUGCAUCUAGGAUGCAACAUGAGGAAUCUCUUAUGAUCAAGACUUAUGAGCCGGAACACAAGUGCAUGAGAGUCUUUGAUAACAGCAUGCUCAGUGCUAAGUAUUUAACUAAGCGUUUCAUGGAAAGGAUCAAGCUGAACAGUGGUUGGAAGCCAGAAUCCUUGGCUCAAACUAUGUCUUCAGAAGUUAGAGUAAGGGUCUCCAAUCAGAUGGCUUAUCGAGUAAAGAAAGCAGCCCUUUUGGUGUUGGAGGGAACCAUCAUGGAGCAAUAUGCCAGACUUCGAGAUUAUGCGAAUGAGCUGAAAAGGGUGGACCCUUCUACAACCGUUGACAUAAAAUGUGAUUUCAGCAAGGGAGAGAGCCUUCCAAUCUUCAAGAGGAUGUAUAUCUGUCUUGGAGCUCUAAAAAAUGGAUUUAAAGCGGGAUGUAGGUCUGUGAUUGGGCUAGACGGUUGCCAUUUGAGGUCUGCAUAUGGGGGUCAGCUCUUGACAGCUGUUGGCAUUGAUGCCAACAACACUUCAUGGGUGACUGCCUACGCAAUGGUGGAGAUGGAAAGCAAAGACUCGUGGAGAUGGUUCCUAGAGCUUCUGUGCAAAGACCUGAGUAUACUUGAGGAUGGAGCAGGUUGGACUUUCAUCAGCGAUAAGCAAAAGGGUUUAAUCCCUGCCUUUGAAGAAGUAGUUCCAUUGGCCAAGAUUAGAUUUUGUGCGCGCCAUAUGUGGACAAAUUUUACGAAGCUGUUUCCGGGAAAGGUACUAAAGGAUCAAAUGUGGAAAUGUGCAAAGUCAACUACACUUCCUUACUUUGCAAAGGAAAUGGAGGAGAUGAAGGCUUUGGAUAAUGAAGCGCACAAAUGGAUGGCACAUAAGGAUAGGCCUCCACAGCAUUGGUGUAGAGCACACUUCGAGACUUGGUCGAAGUGUGACAUUAUGAUCAACAACUUAUGUGAAAGCUUCAACUCGUUCAUUUUUGAUGCUAGAGCAAAACCACCAGUGAGUAUGUUCGAGGAAAUGAGAGUGAAGCUAAUGAAGAGAAACCAAAUCAGAAAGGAUAAGAUGCAAGCAAUGGUGGGAAAUCUGUGCCCCAAGCCUAGAAAGGUACUAGAAAAGAACAAAAUGAAGGCUGCUUCAGAUUGCAUUUCUAUCGGGAAUGGUGGUGACCAAGUGGAGGUGGAGACUUUUGAAGGAACAAAGAAUGUGGUCAACCUUACGGCAAGGACCUGCACAUGCCGAAUGUGGGACUUAAGUGGUGUUCCAUGCAAGCACGCAGUCUCAGCAAUAUACCACAACAGGGCAGAUCCGGAAAACUUUGUUGCAGAUUGCUACUUAAAAAAGACGUACCUUAACAUUUACAGCAAUUUGAUCAAGCCGGUAAACGGAAUGGAGAUGUGGACUAGGAGUGAAGAACCACCAAUUCUGCCUCCACAGUAUUCUAGACAGCCCGGAAGGCCACGAACAAAGAGGAUUAGAGAUUUAUCGGAGAAGUUGGCUGCACAGGGAACAAAGCUUGGAAGAGUUCAGCGGUCGUUGAAGUGUAGCAAUUGUCAAAGAAUUGGCCACAACGUGAAGACAUGUCACCGACAUCUUCCACCAAAAGAUAAGCAAGCUGCAAAUGUGAACAAGAAAAGGAAACUCAACAAUGGAGAAGGAAGUUCAUCUCAAAAAGCCCAGCCUAAACCUGGAAGAAAGCCACCAUUGAGUAAGAAUGACUUGAGGCAAAACCAUCUAAAAGUGGUAGAAUAUCAAAGGAAGAAGAUGGCUGCAUUGAAGGCAUCUAGAAAAGCUGCGGCUGCUGCCCCUGCUAACUCUACCAAAGCUGCUGCUGACUCUACCAAAGCUGCUGCUGCCGCCACAAAAUCCAAGUCCACCAAAGCUGCUGCUGCUGCUGCUGCCACAUCUACCUCAACAACCACGAGGCCUCUGACAUCAAGUAAAGCAUCAAAAGGCCAAACUCCAACACCUUCUAGAUCAUCUCAAAGGAUUAGGCAGAAUUCCAAGCAAGGGGGAAAGUAG